GCCGGGUCUUUUUAAAAACGAAACCAAUUCCCGUACAGUCUACGAGUAUGUCGCGUUACGAGCGAAAUCGUAUGCAUACGACGUGGAACAGGAGGUCACAAUUCGCUCGAAGGGUGUCAUGAGGCACGUUAUUAGAAAUCACCUCACAUUCGCCGAGCAUAAGAGGUGUUUGUUUGCCGACGUGGACGACGAUGCGGAAUCCGACGAGUGCGACGACGAAUUCGACGCAAAUAUGGGGAAAAUGUUCGCUGCCGAUUCCGCACUUAAAGCUGUCGCUCAAAUUCAUCGGAACGCCUCAACCGGCUCAACCAACUCGUCGACGACGGUUGCGGCGGCGGCGGUCACGCAUCCAUCCCACGUCUACAGCUACAUGCCAUUCACGCCGUAUAGGGAAAAUGUGUCUAUACGCUCGUUUAAGCACGAGUUACGCACAAUUAGAUCUAUGAAACUCGUCUUGAACAGGGCAGACGACAAGCGUUACGUGUUGCCGGACAACAUUUCGACGUACGCGCACGGUCAUCACCGCAUAAAUUAUUAA